AUCCAAGCUCGUUAUCACAUCGGAAACAAAAAACUGGUCCAGCAUGGCGCUCACGGUUACUCUUCUCUCUCAACUUGCUGUGCUUUGCUCUGUAAGUACAUAACGAGGCUACUCAAGUUUUUAACAAUUACAGAAGAACUUUGAUUUUUCGGACUCGACAAGACCGGGGUAAACAGUCUGAGAAAUGGAAAACCUCUUCAAGAAAGAUUUUAAAAUUACAGUCAAACCUCUUUAAUUCACGGACACCAAAGGGACGGAAACAAUUGCCCGCUUUACAGAGGUGUCCGUAUUAUAGAGGUAGGAAAUGUAUGAUUUUUGGCUUUUCUGGGAGCAAAUGAACUGUCCGUAAUAGAAAGGUGUCCGUUAUAGAGGUGUCUGUAAGGAGAGGUUAGACUGUACUCAAAAACGUGUGAACGGCAACUAAAAUGACUGGAAGUUUGGAGCCCGCACCCCCACGCAAUAUUAUCUCCAACGUUUACUUUCUGGAAAUCAAUCAGGGUUCAACACCGUCAUCUUCAUUUAAGGGCAUUUUAAUUAUUUAUUUCGCGGCAAAGUCGUCCUCUGCGACCAAAAAGGUUAUAAAUUGAAUAACCCUUUGUAUUAUGUAUAAAAUCAAUUAAAAUUCAUAAAAUCUCAUUAUGCUUUCAGGUGGUUCAUUCUUCCAUUCUGGAAACAACGUGCUUACGGAGUCAAUGCAGUGGACAGGUUUGUCACAUUUGUUCUGAACACCUUAUACUAGAACACGUUCGAUCUAUCAAAAUUCUAACAUAACUCCGAGGCUUUAGGGUCAAAAGUGCACAUUUUUCACUCCUGUCUCACAACUUGAGUACAAAAAAAAAACAAACCAAAUAUAGAAAAAUCACCAGUACGCCACGAAGUCAUGUUAGAGUUUUAAUAAAUAUAUUUUACGUAAUACUUUUCUGGCAGCUAAAAUUUCUUACUUUCGUUGAUCUUUGGGUGGCCAAUAUGAUGAAAUGGGGCAAUCUUUAAUUUCGCUGUUGGCUGUUAGUUCCCAGGCCCCGCUAGUUUUAAUUUUAUUACAGUUUUGGUUAGAAAUUCAACAAAUUAAUUGGUUGAUAAAUUUCUCGAGUUAUGCCAGGAGCCAAUUACUUAUGCACUACGUUACGCAGGGAAAGUGAAUUAAUUACUACUAUAAUAUCAUAGGUGACGAAUUACUCCUUAAUUUUGGCGCGAAAUUUCAGCGUUAAUUUGUAAUUUCACAUGUGAAAUUACUAAAUUGCCAUGGCAACCUGCCGUACGUCUCAGUGUCAAGAUGGCGACGAAGUUUUAAAAUGUCAUGAAUGAAGAUGUCAGGGCAUAAAAAGACGCUUUAGAAAACCUGAACACACGAAAGAGCACAUCAAGAAGGAUUCUUAGAGGUAUGUUCUCGAAAAAUUCUGAACACUUAAGCCAAAUUUUAGCUCUAAACGUUUGAGAAUGGAGUUCACGAUCGAUCGAUACGAUCCAGGAUAAACAAGUCAAAAAUCCUCGAUUGCUAACGUAAUUCGUCACCCAUGAUAUUAAUAGGUAAUCAAAUGGUAUACUCGUGAAAUAAGGGAAUAAUUUCACUCGUCACCAUUUGAUUACACAUACUUUUUUCCCUGUGAUCACAAUAUUUGAAGAAUCAGAACCAAAGCCGAGUUAAAAAGUUCUCUUAUAAAAACGACAAUCCUGGGCAACCUCAGAUACUUUCUUUAUUUUUACUUUUUUCAAGACUCACUCUUGAAAUAAGAGCAAAAAGUAAAAAAAAAAUUAUUGGUUGUUCUGUUCUCUGACUAUAUUUACGCAUAUUUUCAAAGGGAAAAGUGAUUUACCAUCAGACCAUGACUCCGACUUGGUUGGAGGCGCAUGCGUCAUAUAUCGACAGUUCUCGUGCAUCAACACCCCAACAACUCACAUUCAACGCAGGCGCACACAACAAUGCCGCCCUUCUCAAAGUACCCAUGAUUCCUCCUGGUGUUUUGAAAGUUGGCACGUCGCUGACUGUAGAGAUCACUGUUGCUCAUGACAUCAGUAUUGGAGGCAAACCUAUUGAUAGCGACAUAAGAUACGUGGUGUCUGACGGAACCAGGUUUAUUGGGUUUGAAACUUGCGACAAAGGGAACUACAAAACCAAUGCACCCUGCUAUGGAAUUGAAGGGGUUUCAGGUGCAAGCGCUUCUUCCCUGCAACAUAAUCCGGUUCUUCCCAAACCCAACGACUCCUUCUACCCUGGACAGUUUGUCUUUACUCUCAAGUUGGAUGAACGUUGGGGCUCGUGCUACAUUCCACAUGACGGAGGCUUCGUGAGGACCGCUGGUUACAACAACCGUGUGAUGUUGAACGAGGGACUCAACCUGGAAGUCUACAAAAGCGACAAAGGAGAAAGGGUCGGUAUUAGAUUCAUCAAAGUGGCUAUCAUUCAAGAUGAUGCUUAAAGAUGAAGUUAAGACUCAUGUAACCAACGUCUUUAGUCAGUAACAUUAACAACGUAAGCCUUC